CCAGGGGUCAUGGGACGUCCUGGCAUGAAAGGUGCCCCUGGACUUCCUGGUCCUCCUGGCCUGCCAACCAUUUAUCUGUGGAGGAAUACAGAUGAAGAUUGGUUGACCUUCUCACAAACACAACUUUACCAAAUGUUGUUAGCACACUGGCCUACCCAGCACGGAGCAUUCGGACCUCCAGGUCUCCCAGGAAAGCCCGGUGAUCCUGGCCCUCCUGGAGCUGCAGGACAUCCAGGACCACCUGGCAAUCAAGGUGACAUGGGAGCUGAAGGGCCGAGAGGGUUCCCAGGCCCACCAGGUCUAAAAGGGUCAAGUGGUAUCGCUGGUGAAGCCGGUCCUCGCGGUCCACCUGGAAUUCCUGGAGAACAGGGACCGCAGGGCUACCCGGGAGAGAAGGGGAUUCGCGGAGAGAAGGGGGAGCAGGGCUUUAGGGGAUGGUUGGGACCACCUGGUGAGAAGGGAGCGAAAGGAGCCAAGGGUAACCAAGGUGAGAUUGGACUUCCUGGGCCUUUUGGGGUUCCCGGUAUGAAGGGUUUGAGAGGAAUUUCAGGUGCUCCAGGACCCAGAGGCCCUCUGGGGGCGUUUGGAUUAAUUGGACCACCUGGACUUCCAGGGUUUAUGGGUGAGGCAGGAGUUCCUGGGCCAAAGGGUAUGGCAGGUGUGAAGGGCUCUCAGGGUGAGACCGGGUUACCGGGACUACGUGGUCCUAGAGGUCCUCAGGGGCCACAAGGUCUGGAUGGAAGAAGGGGAUUUAAAGGAACAAGAGGUCACCAGGGUCGUCCUGGAUUAGAUGGACUUCCUGGUCCAAGGGGAAUGGCUGGCGAGGAUGGGCCACCAGGACCGAGAGGAAAGCCUGGUCAAGAUGGAUCAAGGGGAUUACCUGGAAUUCCCGGUGUCAGAGGCCCACAGGGUGAACCAGGCUCCAGAGCUGCAGAUGGUGCACAGGGAGACCCAGGAGAGAAAGGAGAUUGUGGUUAUCCUGGGCCACCUGGAUUAAGAGGAUUCCCAGGACCCAGGGGGUCAGUGGGACUCCCUGGAAUUCCUGGUAACAAGGGUCAAGCUGGGCCCGCAGGACAUUAUGGUGAAGAUGGAGUCAUGGGCCUCCAGGGGCAACAAGGAGCUGUGGGAUCCAAGGGCAACAGAGGAGCUGACGGCCCCAAACGAAGUCAUGGAUCCAGAGGACGCAGGGGACGCAUGGGUCAGCGAGGUUUAGUGGGAUUACCUGGUUUAACAGGAUUUAAAGGCCAGCAAGGAAUGCAGGGUCCCGAAGGAAAGUCUGGGCGAGUCUGGCUCUCCAGGUGAACCUGGGAUAAAGGGACCCCAGGGUUUUAGAGGGAUGAGAGGUGAUCGAGGAAGAAACGGAGCGACAGGACCUCCUGGCCCUCCAGGAUGCCCAGGAGCUGAUGGAAUUACUGGCCGAACAGGAGAAAGAG